GCUUCGGCAUGGCUGAGGAAAAUAUCUACGAUGAGAUCGAGAUCGAGGACAUGACCUUCGACGAGACAACUCAACUCUACCACUACCCAUGUCCGUGUGGCGAUCGCUUCGAAAUCAACGUCGACGACCUACGUGAUGGCGAAGAGAUUGCAGUCUGUCCGAGCUGCAGCCUGCAGAUAAGAGUCAUUUUCGAUGUGGACGACUUGCCGAAGCCGAAAGAGCCUGAGCCGCCGAAACCACCGCAGCCUGCACAGCAGCCACUGGUCGCAGCGGCGUGAAGAUCACCAGCGUAUACACUCAAAUGCUUCCACCCGACCUCUGAGCCAAGUUGCAGCACUCGAACCCGUAACAACAAGCUGCGUGCUCACAUACAAGCUAAGAGUCGCACACGUUCGAGUAGGUUGGUACGGGUAGAUCUCGACUGGUGGCUGGAGAACCCGUAAUGCGCAUUGGUUAUCCACUUCGGAUCGAGAUAUCCACACGCAGCUCGGCAACAAAGGCUAUGAGCUCAGACGCUCUAUCUACGUGCAGGGACACGUCCAGCCACCGCCAGCAUCGAGAGCUGGGAAUCAGGACCGCGGCCAUGAAGAUUUUGGCUGAUGUGGGAGUUGGGAGAAGAUCGCUGCCGAAUGUAUACAAACAGAGCUGUUCUGUAUGGUCUGGGACAUCUAUCCAUGCUCCCAGAGCAGAGACAUCGACAGAGCAUUGAGCACGUUUGACUUCUAGUUCGCCAUAGCACUUACUGCACCCCCUCGAGCCAUGCUUGAAAGAGAGCCGACCAGCGACUCUUCUGCUAUGAAAGCUAGCUGGAGUAGUGUUUCGUACUGCUACAAUUGAAGUAGUCCAAAGCGGUGUGAAUAAUCCUGCAAUCAUCCGACCCGUGGCUGAAGUGGAACUGUAUGCCUCUCGCUCCCUCUCGCUCGGUGCAGUCAUUUUUCCAAGAAUUUAUUCAGUGGGAUCUUUGCUGACUUCGAGCUCUUCCUCGUGAUGAUCCAUCGAUAUUCCCAACUCCUUACUCAGCAGUGCGCUGAGCCUCGUCCCAUCACGCAGAUACACCCACUCCCCAGUGCCGCCUCCCUCUUUCUGGUGCAUACUCUCCCCUGAUAUCACCCAGUCAUAUCGCUUCGGACCUGAGAUUGGAGACGAAAGCCAUAUCUGCUUGUUCGGUGGUUGCUUAUUGAUUACGUACGUGCCAUUGGGUGGAAAGACUAUGUUGAGGACGCCCGCAGCAUAUUCCACCUCGACGUCCUCUCGGCCUUCCUGCAGUUGUUCCGCUCUCUCACGCACAGCGUCCAUAUAUUCAUCUGCCAGCUCAUGAUAUUGAUCGUCGCUAAGCUCAGCUGGUUGCUGCGCAACGUGCUCUGGCGGAGCUUGCUUGGGUGGCUGAGGGUCUUCGGUAUCUGGCAUCAAGCCCGCACGAGCUCUGCUGUGUAUUGAGAAUCGGCGGGAUCGCGAAGUGAAAGCUGCCCGAAGGACAGAUUGUUGCCAUUGAUACGAUUGAGCUUGCAUUCGACAUGGCUGUUGAAACGUUCUUGAUGCCGCGCGGAUAGAGCUGCGGAAGAGGAGACGGCUGGCUGCUGGAGCGGACAUAAUGGCGACGAUGAGUGUGAGGGCACACUGGGAUAUGGACUGUGCUAGAUGAGCCCACGGGAACGGCUUGUAGUGGUCACUUAGAUGUUUGUAUGGACUCCGUAGAGAAUGAUGACUACGGG